AUGGUUCCCGCUAGUCACGACCAAGGAUCAACAUCUGCAGCGGACCUUCUUCCUCUGGCACCCUUUGCUAAUCCACACCCGCUAGUGGCGGCAGAGCCCACUGGGAACUCGACAGCUCUUCCCAAGAACGAGUUGGAGCAGAGCUCUCCGCAGCGGGAGUUUCCCAUCUCGCAUCUACAUCAUGGCAAUGAUCAUGGACGGAGCAUGGCACCUGCGAGCACCGAGCGCAGUGGAAAGGGCUUGGUACUGUUGACCCAACAUCUUCUACGUGAGCGCGGAACACGAGAGCAUCAGACUGCUUCGCAAGAGCAUCUCGCGCUAAUUGCGGCAACUGCAUGA